AUGCCAAUGUCGGCUACUUCUUCAUCAACCUGGCCGGUGUGUCACCGCAACGAUUCACCGCUGAGGACGGUGCUCUCAGCGCCAGACAUGGAAUCGCUAGAUGAGAUCACAGACGGGGAUGUGCAGGAGCUUCUACUGGCCAUGGGCUCUCCAGCCGGUGGCCAUGACCGUGGUGCAAGACUGACGGAUGCGGAGGCGGUGGAGGACGACUGCGCCGUCUCGUACUCCGCUACCGUAGUACACUCACACGAAGAGUCGCCGGCCCAGCAGCAACAACUGCAACAACGGUCUUUUACCUCCUCCAGUGCCUACGUCGCUGCUCACUCUCGCUGUGUGCCUCUUCCACAUCACGCGAUGCCGUCUCCCAUGACGACUGAGUUCCAAAGUACUCUCCCGUUUAGUGGGCGUCGCACGUCUGUCACGUCAACACUCCCACAAGCCGUACCAUUGUUUCGGUCAAAUGCGUUUGCAGAGCAGAACAAUGUGGCUGUGGCAUCGAAAAGUUCGACUCCGUCGUCACCGUCCACCACCGCUGUUUCUCCAACAAAAACACAAGACGGCAGCGCGGAGUACCGGAGCUGGGCAUCGCCGCUGUUGCCGUCGCCACCAGCAUCUCUGGCACCGCCGCCCCUAGUGCCAAUCUCAGACACUGAAGUGCUCGAGGCCGAGCGCCACCGCUGGGACUCACAGCUUGUGCAGGAGUGUUGGCUGCAUCAAGAGCUCCACGGUGUACGGUGGGAUGAGGAGUUGUUCCUGCAGCAUGGCGCCGCGUACCGCCCUCGCGCUAUAGCUUCUCGCACCGCGGUCUCCAUGACACACUCAAAGAGACUGUGCAUUGUGCUGAACGUGGAGACGUCUGUCGUGGGGAACGCGGAAGGAGCGCUUGGAGACGAGAAGGGCCAGGGUGGCGAUGACAGCGCUGCCGCUUCGGCGGCGCUGCCAUCGAUGAGUUCCCCUGCGGCGGAGGCGUGGGCACCGCUCUUCAUGUGGCGCUCGCCCGCCUUCAUCCUCGGCGACAGCAGCGCCGUCUUGUCGCAGCUGUCGGAGCGCCUGAGCCAACAAUACGAAGGGCUGGCACCGCGACCGCUGCCAACGACGUGCUGCACCAACGCGCGGCUCUCUGACCUCAUUCAGACCCUCAGCGACGCCCGUAAAGACGCUGGGGAUGCAAAAGUCAUUUUUCACUACGUUGCUCGAGGAGUGCCGCCGCCGUGUAGGGGUAAUUUAUAUUUGGUAAACGUAGGGGGAAGCGCCACGGGAUACGCCGGACCGCCCUACAGCAAGCUGUCCCUGGACACCUUCCGCAGCCGUGUCGGGUUCCCGCUAGUCUUUGUGGCGGACUGCGCCCAGGCUGGCGAGGUACUGAACUACUACAUACGAAUGUGUGAGGAGCAGCAUCAGCAGCGCUAUUUCACCUCCUCGCGUGAGCACCAGCUCAAGUCGAGUCUUCAGGUAAGUGCAGCAGAGCUGGGUACCCCGGCCGCUGGCCAAGCGGGCCGGAUGAACUGCAGCUUCGAUCGUGUAGGCGGCAGCUUUGACCCGGGCCCUUCCGACUCGCUCCACCGCGGCGGUCACUUUGGCGCUGGCGGGAUGGACGGUGCCGCGCCGUCGCAGAGUGCCAUCCUGCAUGACUUCUACUUCAUUGGCGCUACUGGCAGUACCGACAAUGAGAAUGGCGGCGGUAGUUGCAGUGGGAGCAGCGCCAUGGGAUCGAGGAUUAGUUUUGGCCGUAGCGAUGCUGGCAUGAUGGGCGUUGGCGCUGCCGCCGGUGGGGCGGUAGGCGGCGGUCGGGCUGUGUGUAACGGUGAUGCCGGAGCCCUGCGGCAUCACCCACGCCUCCCCUCUGACAUCCUGACGAGCUGCCUCACCACUCCGCUGCGCAUGGCCAUCUUGUGGUUUAUUGCGAUGCGCCCUGAGCUGCAGGCGCUGCACCCGCUCAUUCUCCACCUCUUCCCUGGUACCUUGACGGACAAGAAAACGCCUCUCGGCCAGUUGCAAUGGUACCUGCAGAGCAUCACCGAGUGCAUCGCGUGGUCUACUCUCUCCCUCCCACAGUACUCUCGACUUUUCCGCGAGGACGUCUACGUCGCGCCGCUCUUUCGAGGGUAUCUGUUGGCAGAGCGCAUCGUCGUCGGUGGACUAGGCGGGUGCCUCAGUGUCUACCCACCCGUGCCAGCGACCCACUCGCACACGCUGUGGAGUACGUGGGACAACAUUGUGGAGCGCGCGUGCGUCUCUCUCCUCCGUGCACUUAGGCCCACCCCGCCACACUGUGCGAGUGUGCUGGAGUUCCGCACUUGGCUGGAUGUGCAGGUGACAGCGUGGAAGUAUAGCCGUCCCGACCUUCUGGCCGUGGCAGCCCGCAAUGCGAUGUCGAACGCGACCGCGUCACCGGGGACAGAGGCGCAGACAAAUUGCUUGCCGUCGCUGCCGGACGACUCCGCGGUGGUGAUACCACCGUUCCUGAGCGAGGAGCUACUCGGACUGCAGGCAAUGCUGGAUGGCAUUACGCAGCAGUCAUUUGAGGUGCCACGGGCCUACUUGGCUGGAGUGUGGGGACUUCCAUCACGCUUGUCGACCUCAGUGGCGGCGUGGGGCGGCGCUAACGCGACUGCCGCUGUUGCAGACGGUUGGGAUGAGUCCGGAGAGACCAGACGUGAGCGACGCCGCCGGCAUGUCUCUCCUACCCCGGAAGGUGCCGCACAGGGCAGAAGUAGCCGUGGCGCGGCCGCCAGAGUUGUGCUGCGCGGCAUUGCUGACCAGUACUGCAACUCUCUCCGCUCGUCCUAUCCAUCAGCGCCUCAACAGCUAUCGCCGGCUUCCAGAUCAUCUGCUUUGCCUAACAGUGCUGAGAACGCUGCCGGUACUGACAGCCUGCUUUGGGAGGGCAACACGCAGAGCAGGGCGGCUGCCUUCUUCCGCCAUGCCUCGACUCAAAGUCGGCGCUCACGCAAGCAGCACCCCAUGGCACCUGAGGCUGCUACUGCUGCUGCUGCUGCUGCAACUCGUGACAUGCCGAAGCGGGUGGAAUCGCACGCCAGCGUCGCCUCCCGACGAUAUCAGCGAGUGUCAAAUCCUGACCUCAGCGGGCUUUCGAGUGCUACCAACACUUCCGCAGCAGUGUCGACGGCGCCUGCUGCAAGCGGUGGGGCGGCGGUGCCACCCGCGCCUGCCCUCUCAAGGGCGGUCACACAGCGCUCCCCAAGACACCUUGCGGUGCGCAAGACAGAGUAUAUGACAAACCUCCUCACCAGCGCCGCCACCUCUGGCCAGGCCGUCUCUUUCCACUACACCACAGGCUUGUAUCGCCCCACAGCCGCGAUAGACACCCCCGCACCUCUGGGGGGCCUGUACGGCUCUUUCUCCACGGCGGCGACAGCAGCACGGUCAGAGGCGUCAAUGCCGCAGCAAACGUUCCCGUUUGUGGACCGGAUGCCAUCGUUGCUCCAGGCCCUGCUGGUCGCUGCACACCGUGAGAGGGCGACAAAGCUGGUCUGCCGACUCGUCGACUGUGGCCCGGCAGCGGUGCUACAGUGUGCCGAAGCAAACGUCUACCGCUUUGUACUGGACCGUUACUGGAGUCGGCCCGACUUGCAUUUCUUGAUGCCGGCCACACUGUUCAUCUACUGUAAGAGCUGCUACGCCGAUCCCGAGCUGAUUGGGUCCGCGAAGCAGCGGGACGUGGCGGUGAAAGCCUGCGCGGAGAUACUCCAGUGCCCGGUAGAGGUGCCGCCAUCUACGUCGUCAGCUGGCAGUGACGAGGCGCCAGGGGCGUGGCAGAGCACCGUGCUGGGUCCUUAUGCCACCCCGUACGGACAGCGCAUGAUGGCCGCGUCGCUGCUGACGCUCAUUGCCUUGCACAACGACGAUGGCCGCGAGGCAUGCCAUCAGUGCGGUGUGUUUCAGCUCUGCUGCCAGCUGCUACAGCAAGCGCAAGAGGAGGCGCCACUAUGGCAAGCGGCGACAGAGGCGUCGACCGCUGCUACUACCACAGCAGGUGCGACGACGGUGACAGCAGCACCGUCAAUCCCUCGUGUGCCGUCCUUCUCGAAGAAGCCGCCUAUUUUAUCGACACCGCCGGCGCUGUGCCAUCAACAGCCCGCAACGCCGCUCUACGAGGCAGGCGACGAGCCACGGCACGUGGCACCACCGCCGGUGUCUAUCGCCACCACUUACCACUUGACCUUGCUGACGCUUUUCGUGUCGCUCCUGUGCAACUGGAAGCUGCCCGCCAUUGCUUCUGCUGCUACCGGCGAGGAAGCAGAAGAGCACAACAUGGAGAGGGGGGAGGGGGAGCCGCUUGGCAGCUCGCCCGCAAAUCCCGAUAUCCCUUUCUGCGGAGUGCCGCCGCCUGACCCGCCUUCCCUGAGUCCCCCGCUGGAUGGCACCGUGCACGACGUGCUGCGGACGUCUGCCGAGGUGCUCGAGGCGGGGUUGCAUGCGGCGGCACCGGCGUUGCUGUACUUUAUGUACUCUGAGACGUCGAUUCUGCGCGGAGCAGCACAGCGGUGCUUCAUGAUGGUGCUCAUCUCGCCAGCGCCGAGCCAGGCCUCGCGAGCCCGCUACGCCGAACUGCAGCUGCAUCGUCUGUACGAGAUGCCAGUGCGCAUAGCCGAGAUGAACACGGAUCUGAGGCUGGAGGCGAUACGCAUGGCCUACGUCACGUAUCACUGGCUGUUUGCGCAGCUGCGCGAUGGCAUACCGGUGGAGGAGAUUGGGCAGUACGUGGUCCGGUGGAUGUAUCGGUGGUUCAGGCUGGCUGCCAAGGGUAAGCCCCCGCCCGCACCGUUCAUCUUUGGCGACAAGGGCCCUUGCAGAACCGGCGCACAACCCACGUCCAUCCGCGCGCACGGCAGCAACUCCUCGUCACUGCCCCAGCAGCAAUCUGUCCACAACGUCUGGGCACCGUCCACUGUGUCUGUGUCGUACUGCGGACCGAACGUUCUGACACCGGGGUCUGUCUACUCUCACCGCCGCAGCAACGUACUGGCGCCCACUGCCCGAUCUGUCCGUGUCAGCAUGGUGAGCGACUCCUCCCCUGGGGCUGCUGUGGACUCUGUGGUGCUCGGCUGUGGUCUUCGUCACCGCAUCACGCAACAGGAUCAUCGCCGGUUGCAGGCCUACCUGCCCCCACUCAGCAAUCUUGUGCGCCUCUUUUUCGAACACACUCAAGACACCUGCCCCUACGUGCGCACGUAUGUGCGGCAUGUAGUGCAGGAGGAGUUCAAUUUUCUUCGUCAGCCGUGGUAUGAUGACUACGCCGUGAUGGACAACCAGCGCCCCUCCUCGUCAUCCCUCAUCGCCGAAGAGGACGACUACAGCGCGGCAGGCCGUCACUACCACCCCAGUCAUCAACGCUGGCAAGGCCACGUGUCCGGCCCCCGCCAGAGGUAUUGUCACGGCGACCAUCACCAUUAUGCCAGUGGGGAAGGCGGGCCAGGAUGUGGCGGAGAAGAGCUAGAGGCGUCGCCUACAGUGCUCGGCAGCGACCUCACCCUGCGCUUGCCGCUCAAGCAGUUGGUUCGCGUGAGUGAGGAGAUGGACGCUCACGACGGCGGCGGCGCCGCGGCAGCGGCGCUCUUCGGUACGCGCCCUAUGAGUGUCUCUCCCACGGCGAUGCCGAGCGACUUCGAGGUUGGCCACUGGAGUGUAGUUGCUGCCGCGGCGUCCGCUGGGGACAUGGAUGAUGUUGCUGAGCCGCACCCUGCCGUGCUGCGUCGUUUCAUUGUGCGACUGCUGCGCAUUGCGUCGUCCAGCAAUGCAGAGGGAGCAACUGCGUCCCCGACGUCGCCGCGGCGUCCACUCUCGCACUAUCGUACUGAUGCUGCAGACGCUGUCGGCGAAGAAGACGGCGGCUGUGACGACAUGCGGCAGCAGAGAGGACGCAGCACUCGUGGGUUUCCUUGCAACAGUGACGCAGAGGCCGACCAGGACGGAUUCGCCAUGCGCGCUGGAGCUCGUGGCGGCAUGUCUUCCACUGCCACUACUCGGCGUCGUGGCGCUGGCGACAAUGGUGUCAGGCUGCAGGAUGGGGUUGACUAUUUUGCGUCUGAACUGCAUGUAGGCAACGAGGAAGUCAUCAGUGGCAGCGAGAUGGACAGCAUGCUCCUUGACGCGGAGGCCUUCGCGCUGCACCCGUUGUGGACUCUGGACAGCACCGCCAUGAUGACGUUUGCCUACGGCGCCCUCAGCUUCCUUGAACGCUUCAUGCUGGAGGAGAUGGACGACAGCGACCCACGCCACCCUAUGAACCUCGAAAAAGAGAACGCGUUGUACGAGUACAGUCAACGCGUAGAGCGCAACAUCCGAGCAUCAGCUCAGGAUGCCACAACGGGCGUGGUGGACGUAGGCGGAUGCGGCGGAGCACCGUUGCAGGCGGUGCGUGAUGCGGAGCAGCUGAGCAGGACGGCCGGCAGCGCAACACCCUUCCCGACGGCAACACGUGCGUAUCCCCCAUUCCAGUUCAUCGGCGUAGGUGACAUUAGCUGGGCUGAUAUGCCUGGAUACGGACGGCAUGGCCCGUCAGCGUCCUCUAGCUUCUCCCCAGAGUCAAGUGCUACACGGCAUGGGGGUGGCGUCGACGCGGUGGCCUCGUCCCUCUUGCGUGUGGCUGGUAAUGUGGAUGUCAUCCUCUUCCACCCAUCGGAGCCGAUGGUUGUGACAUCAACAACGAGCGGCUUGUUGAGCGUGUGGUCGUACGAACAUGUCGGCAAGACAGCGGUGGGCGAAGUGGAGGCGGCGCAGAACGUAGUUAACAGCGGCAGCGGAGGUGAGGGCGGUGCUGAGAGCUCUGCGACAGUGCGUGGCCCACGCAGGGGCCCUGUCUCAUAUCGUCAAGGUUUGGAGGCACUCGCGCAGUAUUUCCUGCGCGACGUUGUCGGCCGCGCCAACUCUGCCAUGGAGCACGUUGCGCAGCCCCGAUACAUGUACGACCGAUACAACCCACACGGAGAGGCCCCAACUCGGCGCGCAGGGGGUUCCAUUGCCGCUGUGAAGGCGGAGCUAAAAGCGCGUCGGCUCUCGCGCGCUGUGUACAGCACAGGUAAAGCCGUCAGCGCCGCGGCUCACCUCCCUAACGAGGCAAAUGACUUUGGUGGUGGCGGCAGUCGGCCCAGUCUGUGGAUGGUGCGCGCCGAGGCCGCCAAUGCCGCUGCCGCACUUCCGUCUUCGUACCGGCACCGCCACCAGCACUACUACCACGAGGUGAGCGACCUGCAUCUCAUCGAUGCGGCCUGCCACCCUCUGCUGUGCGCGGUGCGGCGCACCGGUGCCGUGGAGAUAUUUUCCAACUUUGCCGACCGCCAGCAAGUCCGCCGUGUGACCACCUUCGAAACUUUGCAGGUGGAUGAGCGAGAGGAGCAGUACCACUGCGUGUCGAGCUACCAGCCCCCCACCGGCUUGUUGUACUUGAGCACUCAGGACAGUGGUGUCAGCACCUGGGAUUUGGGAAGCGAGCAACGGCUUGCAGUGUCUAACCGAUUGACCACCGCUGCUGAGGAUACCGCAGCCGUGUCGGCCCUCAUGGCUCACCCGUGCACGCUGUACGAGUACGUUGUGGGCAGCUAUGACAUGCCCGUAUGCGUCUUCGAUUUACGCGACCGCACCACCGGAGCGGCUCGACGCGGCGUGUCUCUGCCGUCUCUCCGUUGUCACAUCAAGAGUGGCCUUGUCUCGCCCUUCUGCCUGCGGGUGAGCUACUCGCGACGCUACCCGAAUGCGGUGUUGGCUGGGUACGCUGACGGAACAGUGGCCGUCUGGGACCGGCGGUAUGCGAGGCAGCCGUGCAUUCUGUUUGGCGCGGAGCUCGACAGCUCGUCUGCUACAGACCCCGCCUCCAGUAAGGUCCGCCCCACCUCCGCUGCCACCCCUCGCAUGAUUUGCCACCUUGACACACAUCCGAGCAGCAAACGGUUUCUGACGCUCAUGACAACUCCGUCAUCGCUGCAGCUCGUGCAGCCCUGGAGAAACGACGGACGGGCGAGUCUGGUUGGCGCAGGCGGCUCUGACGGGGGACGCUUGGCUCAUGAGGGAGCGCUAAAGCGGCCGACCACGUCUCUCGUGCAUGAGUUCUUACUGGACACCAACGGUGGCAGCAGCGGUCCUGGGGCUGCGUGCUUUCACGACUUCAGCCCUGUCCUCGGCGUCGGCGUUGGCAGCACUGUGCAGCUGUACGGCACACCGUGUCUCACCUCCGCGACAGCGUACCUUGAAGGAGGCCUGGGCUGA